GCGGCAAAGCAUCCUAGAAUAUUUCAGCAGUCAUGGUACUUUUCAACUGAUUCCAGCGGUUCAUACUUCCCAAUCAAACAUGGCUGACAAUUUGACGUUGAAAGAAUCGGUUUUGGUGUAUUUAGAUAGAAGUGGUGGUCUUAAGAAACUUGCGGACGACUGCAAACAUCUGAACGACAUCCAGCCAUCGGCAGCCAUCUACAGGUUCUGUAUAAGUAUUAAUCCUUCUGAUGUAAUAGAAGUGGAUCCUUUUCUGGGUCACUGUGUUCUCCAUGACCCCCUCAGAGCAACACAUCUGUUCCAGUCAGUUUGCUUCCUUGCUGUAAAGACACUUUCACUAACUGAAAAAAUACAUACGGAAAGCCAGGUGAAUGUCUUUCUGAACUUUACACACCUGCCUCCAUUUCCUGAGUAUGCAAUGGAUCUUUGUGGUUUUCCACGAGUGUGUGGCCCUAUGAGACCUUUCUCCAUAGAGGGCUUAGUCAUUGCCAUGACAAGGGUCACAAAGUACACCCAAGGAGCAAGGUUCCUCUGUAGUGAUGACGAGUGCCCCUGCUCUACAGGAUUCCACCACAUCCGAGUCCAUGCACCUGGAGCAACAGAGUCAGCUACUGUGAGAAACAACUUUAGCUGUUUGAUCUGCAGCUCCCAACUGAGAGAGGAUGUGAAGUUCAGAGUUCUGGGUGACAAACAGCUGGUGGAGCUGAUCCACUUUAAUGCACUGGAUGUUUUAAAAGGCCAGCAACAAAGCCCAGCUAGAUACCAGUCUGUCACCCUGUUCUUAAGAGAUGAGCUGUGUAACUCGAUGAGAAUCGGUCGACUUUACAGGGUGCUGGGCAUUCCUGCGCAUGUGCAUCAGUGGCCUGGUAUUACCUGGAGUGUAGAGGCAAAUAAUGUCCAACCAUGGGAGCCAAAGUACUGCCAUAAAGUUAGUGCCAGAUUCCUUGAGUUGUUGAAUGACAAGGCCUCUUCUCCUUGGAGAUUCUCUGCCAUUGUAGUUCACAGCUUUGGGUUGGAUGUGGCGCCUCCAGGCUUGUACAACUCACUAAAGCUGGGUUUGCUGCUCAGCUUAGUGCAGACUAAAACAGAUGCAAAUGAUGCAUUUCACAGCUUGGAUCUUCUUGUUGUCACAACUGACACAGUCAUAGUUGACAGACUAAUGGCAUACAGCUUGAAUUUGGCAUGUCGUGGGGUCAGGCAUCAGGCCUCAGGGGAGAUGUUUGCCUCUCUGUCCCGGGAUGAGCAUGGAGCAGGUACUGCUAACAUCCAUGCUGGUUCUGCCUUGCUUGCCACUGGGGGUAUCUGUAUGUUGGGAGAUCUCGGCUUUUACAGAAAGGACAAGUUGGAUCACAUUCAGUCAGUCCUGGAGAGCCGCACAAUAUCUGUGUUCAUCCCAGGGAAGAAGUACGGUGAGGAUGCAGACCAGCAGCUUUCACUUCCCGUGCAGUGCAGCUUCUGGGCCCUCACAGACUCCUCUCAAUGCUCUGCAAGGCUGGACUCUGCUGUACUGGGAACUGCAGAAAUGGGUCCUAUACCAGUUCAGCUUACAGAACCCUUUGGCCUUGUGACGGAGUGUAGAGACAGAGUGGGAGCGCAGGCCCUGCCUGCGCAGACUGUCCACACCCUCCAGCAGGCAGUACAGCUUGGAAAAUGCCAGUACCCAUCUUGCAGGGAGUUUUCUACUGAAGAUUAUCAGGAGCUGGUAGCCCACGCUAGAGGUUUGGAAGUGGAGCUUAGCCCUGCAGCAGAAAAAUUAAUCCAUGGUUACUACAUGGCAAGCCGUCGAGCUCGAACACAAAGUCAGGGUUUCAAGAUGUCCGUGGCAUCUAUCAAAUUACUGAUCUCCUUGGCUGAGGCCCACUGCAGGUUGUGUCUCAGAACUCAAGUACUGGAGGAAGAUGCUGUGAUCGCUGUGCUCCUUUGUGAAAAUUCAGUCACUCUCAAGCAUGGAGCAUCUGCUCUUAUUAUUCCUCCCGAUGCAGUGUUUCCUUGUGAUGUGGGAGAUGUGGAUGGUUUGCACAGGAGAGACAAAGCCCUUGAUGAGCUGCACCAGAAUAUCUUACGUUUCAUCUAUACUUAUGCACCUGGAGCAGAUGCAUACAUUACAGAGGAGUAAAAUCUCUAAAAGGUUAAAAAAAAAAAAAAAAGUGUUCGAGUUAAAUGGGCAAUAUAGGUGGUGGCCAGUAUCAACACGUCGAGUUUGGACAGCUUGGUAUCCG